UCUAUUACUUGUCUGUUCAAGUGUUCAACACUCUUUCAAAACACUACCAAGUCCCCAACGGUCUUCUUCUUCUUCUACUCUGCUUCGCUCCUCAUAAAGAUUCAAUCUUUCACUUCUAAUCUUCUAUCUGAGUUCUCUUCAGAAAUGGGUACCGUAACGCGCUCUAAAUCGUCGUCGGAAAGUCAAAAUUGGGAGCAUAUAUUCAACGCCAUGGUCCAAAUUUUACAGGAGCAGCAGUCCAAGCUGGAGACGAUGGCCAAAGAGCGCAAAAUGCUCGCCGAUCGGAUCAGAACGGAACACGACAAGUGGGCCUUCAGCGUCAGCCAAUUGCAAGAUCAAAUUUCCCAGUUGGAGGCGGAUUUGGUUACGCAAGAGAAGGGUGGUGUGGUUGAGGUGGCCAAAUUGGAGUUGCUUCUGGGCUUGAAGGAAAGAGAGGCUGUUCUCUUCAAAUUUCAAAAAGAGGAUAUAAAGAGGGACUUGGACGAUUUUAUAAGAUGGGUUGAAUUGCACGCCAAAGAAUCCUCUGAUUCGAAGGUAGGUGGGGAGAGCAGUAAACGAAAAGGAAGAAAUAAUAGCAAUACAAAGUUGUCCAAAACUAUUAAUGAAGAAAAGCGGCUUUCUAAAGGUGUGGAUGAUGAUCUGAGAAAGUUACAGCAGGAAUAUGAUAAGCUUGCUUUGGAAAAGAAAACUGAGGUAUCUGCACUCUUGUCUCAGAAGCAAUUCGUGUGGAAUCAGUAUAAUCUUUUGGAAAAAGACUACACCAGUAAACUAAAGAGUAAGCAGUCUGAAGUUGACCAGGCUGAUGAAAAGAUACAGGCUCUUCUUGCCAGUAUGGAGCAAUUACAGUCCUCAAACAAAGAAAAGGAUGAUAAGAUUGCAUCAUUAGAGACUGAUUUCACCAAGCUGAAGGAAGAAAAUUCCAAAGUUUUAAGGGAACUGGAGUCAUUAAGAAAGUCUGCAAGUGCUUCCGUGACUCCUGUUUUGAACCACUGUUCAGCGGGAACCAGAGCAUAUAACUUGAGAGGCAAAAAUAGUGCUCUUGAUAGAAGUAUUGUGACAGUCAAGAAAGAGUCAUCUGCUGCACAACUUACUGAUCCUCUUAAGAACACCAAAAUGGGGAGGAGCAGUUCAAAGAGAAAUGGAGAUGAUGUUAUAACAACUGAGGGAACUGUAAAGUUGUUCUCGUCCAGCUUUAAAGUACCAAAAGUGAAGAGUCAUUGUCCUGCAUCUGGCAAAUCUUCGACAUCAUCUUCCGGAGGGGGGUAGAUUGUAAUGUGUUUUGUUCUGGACAACUCUCCAGACAAGCCUAAGGCUUGUGUUGUGUUGUCCUCUUCAUUUGUAGGCAUUGAUUUGGUUUCAUGUAAAGUAUGUGUUGAUUUUAGGGUUUAGGGCAAGCUCUGUCAGCUUGCGGCCUGUAAGAUUGUAGCUUUUGGAUCUGUCAUAGAUGCCAGAGAGUAUAGCUUUGGGAAUGCAACACGAUUGUAAUUACAUCUAUAUAUGUUGUCUUGCACAUUUAUGGUGUAAAUUCCCACCAAUGA